AUGGCGACCACCGUGGAUAAGAUCAAAGAAAUUGAGUCUGAAAUGGCCAAGACUCAAAAAAAUAAAAAUACGUCAUAUCAUUUGGGACAAUUGAAGGCCAAACUAGCCAAGCUCAAAAGAGAGCUGCUUACUCCUACAGGCGGAGGAGGCGGUGGAGGUGCGGGUUUCGAUGUGGCUCGCACUGGUGUUGCAAGUGUGGGAUUUAUCGGGUUUCCUUCGGUUGGAAAGAGUACAUUGAUGAGCAGACUGACUGGCCAGCACUCGGAAGCUGCCGCAUACGAGUUCACGACUUUGACUACGGUUCCGGGACAAGUCAUGUAUAAUGGAGCAAAGAUUCAGAUUUUGGAUUUGCCUGGAAUUAUUCAGGGUGCCAAGGAUGGCAAAGGUCGUGGUCGACAAGUUAUUGCCGUGGCUAAGACAUGCCAUCUGAUCUUUAUUGUGCUGGACGUCAACAAACCGUUGACGGAUAAGAAAGUCAUCGAGAACGAGUUGGAGGGCUUUGGAAUCAGAAUCAACAAACAGCCUCCGAACAUUGUGUUUAAGAAGAAGGACAAGGGAGGCAUUGCCAUCUCGAGCACAGUUCCUUUGACACACAUCACCGCUGAUGAAAUCAAAGCUGUGCUGGGUGAAUUCAAGAUUUCAUCAGCAGAUGUUGCAAUCCGCUGUGAUGCUACAGUUGACGACCUCAUUGAUGUACUCGAGGCGAAGAGCCGAAGCUACAUUCCGGUCAUCUACGCGCUGAACAAGAUUGAUUCUAUCUCGAUUGAAGAGCUGGAUCUGCUCUACCGAAUCCCCAAUGCCUGCCCAAUUAGUUCGGAACACGGAUGGAACAUUGACGAGCUCCUAGAGCAAAUGUGGGAUAAGCUGAAUCUUCGACGGGUGUACACCAAGCCCAAGGGCAGGCAGCCUGACUAUACGUCGCCUGUUGUGCUGAGGAGUACGGCAUGCACUGUGGAAGACUUUUGUAAUGCGAUUCACAAAUCGAUUGUCGAGCAGUUCAAGGUCGCAAUUGUGUACGGGCGAUCAGUCAAGCACCAACCGCAACGAGUUGGACUUUCGCACGAACUUGGGGACGAAGACAUCAUUACGAUCCUAAAGCGAUAA